CACACACAAGGGCAAGUUUAGAGGAGCUAAUCCACCGUCUGCAUGUUUAAAACACACCGCCACUGACAACAGGACAGGAGCUCAUGUGGAAGCCUGCAGAGAGGAGGUGGUGAUGAAAAUGGAACUGCUCGUUGCUACCCAUGUUGUGGAUGCCAUCACGUUCUGGGCUCAGAACGUGUCUGAGGAUAAAGAAGCUGAGAAGAUCGAUGCAGCUCUGUCUGAAAUAUGCCCCACUGCGUUAAGAUUGUCAGGAAGACCAAGUCCUCACAAAUUUUAUGGUGCGUGUUACACAGGGGACCGGUGCUGGUACAGGUGUAAGGUGCAGCAGCAGGUUGAUGACAAGUUUCACGUCACGUAUGUGGAUUACGGGAACACUGAGGUGGUAGGACGAUCUGACCUUGUGGAACUUCCAGAAGACCUGCAGUGUGCAGCACUUGCCAAAAAGUACAGAUUCUGGAGCUUCAAUCUGGCGAGCGAGCUGGACUCUCCACAUUACACACAGGGGAAGUCCUUCCUGCAGAACCUGAUUUCUGGAAAGAAGCUGCGCAUCAGUAAGAAGUCGAUCUGCUUCGACGGGACGAUCCUGGUCCAGGCGUUUCAGGGUAACCUGGAUAUCGGCGAGGAAGUGUCGAAGUUCAAAUUCGCCAAGAUGAGUCUCCCAGGAAACAUGGAGAACCCACUUCCUGUCGCGGCUCUCCAGAGACAGACCGGGCCGUGGACCUGCGGCGAGGGGGACUCGGACAUCUCGUCUCCUUUCGGAUGUUUGCCGAAGCUACGCCCGGUCCUCUCUAACCAAAAGCCUCAGAUCAUGAAGACUCAAAGUACCAACACAGACACAGAUGAAAGCGCCGCAGAGCUGAUUGCGGAGAACCGGCAGCUUAACACAGACAAGGUGCUCACAAAGGCGGUCAGUGAGACGUGUCCGGGGAAGGACGAGUGUGUCCAAGUCCACAUGGAAUCAACAGUCGGUGAACGUUUCUCUCGACUGGCUGAGAAAGUGGAAGCGGUGAGGAGGAACAGGGAGAACAGUCAGAGCAGCGCUGCCGAGGAUCUUCUCUCUGAAUCCAUAACCGUGGUGGUUAAUAAUCGAAUCGUAACGCCGUUUACGUCAGACAGACUGGAGGUGGCGAAAGAGGACUACACCCGGGCUUUACAGAAGCUCAGAGAGUGUCAGAACAAGGGGGAGCUGGAGGACCUGGUGAGCACCAAAAAUCAGAUUUGCAGCGUUCUCUGCACCGCCGUGGACGACUUCCUGUCUGAGGUGGGGGGCCUGCCGAUCGCUGAGCGACUGAAGACUUUAAAGGAAGUGAGCUCGUCCCUGACCACCGCGCUCGGUUCGUCCUCGGGCGAGGACGCCGGGGAUCGGUCGUAUGAGCAGUUCUGUGAGUGGAAGAAUCGGAAGCAUCAGAACUUGAGGAACACGAGACAGGCGACGGAUAAAUCCCUCUGCGCCCUGAGCGAGUGGGCGGCCGACGCCGGCAAGUUUUUCUGCUUGACCGAGAAGAGCGCCGUGACCCUGGAGGCCAUCGCAGCGGUGGACGAGCUUCUGAAGCAGGCGGAGUUUCAUGUGUGUGAGGAGCUGAAUGUUAAAACUUCUGAGCAGGAUAACGAGGAGACGAAGAUCAUCUCCGACGCUUUUCGUAAAGUGAUGCAGUGUAUCGAAAGAGAGCAGCGCCUGCUGUGUGGCGUCCGGGACGCGUAUGAGGUCAACGUGAAGUUUCAGAAGGACGUGUCGCAGUGGCAGAGCGCCACGCCCAACGCAGACGAGCUGCUCUGCAUCAAGAAGCGCAUCAAGAAACUGCGCUCACAACUGCGCUGGAAGCUGGUGGAAGUGAACUGUCUGGAGGAGGCGGAGGAACUGGAUCUGCCCGAGGUUCUGAGGAAGAAGGAGGAGAUCGCUGAAACCAGGAACGCUCUGUUUCAAGAAAUAAGGCGUGAAAAGGAGGAAUAUAUCAAACUGGGUGAACUGGUGAAGGGAAGCUUCCCUGAGCUUGUGCAGCUCCAUCCUGAGGCAGAUAUCGACACCUACCUGAGCUCCGACGGGCUGCUGAUGAAGAGUUUGGACCGAGACACGUUCGACGCCGAGCCCAUGAGAGAGCUGAGCGGCAGGAGACCGCUGGUGUGCACCGAGUUCCAGGGUCAGAAGGUCGUGCUGAAGAGCUACUCUGUGGACGAGGAAUCUGAAGUCAGGAUGAUCGAGCAAGCCGUGCAGUAUCACCGAGCUCAAGAUCAGAACCCCUCCGCCGCCAUGCCUCUGCUCAGCCUGUUCUUCGGCAAGUCCGAUCCUCUGGCGUACAUCAUAGUGCCGUACUACUCGAGUGGGAGUCUUAAAGCUGUGCAGAGAAGCAACCCGCUGCACGCGUCUGAGGUCGGGAAGGUAAUGAGAGGAGUUCUUCUGGGCCUGCAGAGUCUGCACAGAUCCUGCAUCACUCACGCCUCCCUGAACCCCAACAACGUGUUCGUCCUCAACCGAGAGCGCGGCGUCAUCGGGGACUUCGAUUUUACAAAGACGCCCGAGCAAAGGGCCGUGGACGGUGGCAUGGUGGCCGGCUCCGUUGUUCUGGUGGCUCCAGAAAUAAAGCGGGGUCAGCGGCCGUCUCCAGCUAGCGACAUGUUUGCUUUCGGUGGCCUCCUGCUCUGGCUUCAUGCUCCAGACUGCAGUGGUGAUGUGGGAAAUGAGCCCCAAGCUGCGGAGUUCACCAGAUUGAAACUGGAUGAGAAACUCCAAACCCUGAUCCCCAAGCUGCUGGUUAGUUCUGGAAGGCCGUCAGCUCUGGACGUUCUGCACGAUGACUACUUCCUCGCCUUAGAAAACUGAUUAUACUGAACAGAUUAUAAGAAAUGUCAUUAUUUUGGUUUGCAUUUACGCUCUAGUUUUUAGUUCCUGGUUUUGUUACAGAAGGAAAAUCUAAAGAGACUUUUGUUUAGAUUCUUUCUCUAUGUUUUGUUCAAAUAAAAACGCUACUCGGA